AGACUACGAGGUGGUGGGGGAAAAAACGACUUGAGGUGACCAUGACGGAGGCAGAGCUGGUCUUUCAUAAAAAGAAGAAAAAGAACAAGACCAAGAAGCAACUUUUAGAGGCGGUGCCGGAGCCCGGCAAUCCUCCUGAGACAACCACUACGGGAGUCGACUCUCACAAGAAACAUAAACACAAAAAGAAGAAAACAAAGAGUGAGAAAGAUGACUGUGGACCCGUCGAGGGCCAGUGUGACACAAGAGAAGGGCAAAACAAAAAGAAAAGAAAACACAAUGCAGAGACCGUAAGUGUGACACAAGAGGCUGCAGAUGCUGCUGCUGCUCAGGAGAGAGAGGUGAAGAAAAAGAAGAAGAAAAGGAGAAUUGAAGAGCCAGACCGUCCUGGAGAGAACUCAGAAGCAGAGGUGGCACUCACAGCGGUGCAAACCAACCUUGAACCAGUCCCCCAGAAACGAGUGAAGCGCAAGGCAAAGGUCAGAAAGACACACACACAGCCUGCUGUAGACACACACUCUCCCACAGACGCACGGCUUCACCCAGAUGAUGUGCCUAAAGCGCCUGUGCUGGACAUUGACUAUGCCAUCUGGCAGGAUAUCCUGGUCUUCCAUAAAAAGAAGAAGAACAAGACCAAGAAGCAACUUUUAGAGGCGGUGCUGGAGCCCGGCAAACCUCCUGAGACAACCACUACGGGAGUCGACUCUCACAAGAAACAUAAACACAAAAAGAAGAAAACAAAGAGUGAGAAAGAUGACUGUAGACCCGUCGAGGGCCAGUGUGACACAAGAGAAAGGCAGAACAAAAAGAAAAGAAAACACGAUGCAGAGAACGUAAGUGUGACACAAGAGGCUGCAGAUGCUGCUGCUGCUCAGGAGAGAGAGGUGAAGAAAAAGAAGAAGAAGAAAAGGAGAAUUGAAGAGCCAGACCGUCCUGGAGAGAACUCAGAAGCAGAGGCGGCACUCACAGCGGUGCAAACCAACCUUGAACCAGUCCCCCAGAAACGAGUGAAGCGCAAGGUGAAGGUCAGAAAGACACACACACAGCCUGCUGCAGACACACACUCUCCCACAGACGCACGGUUUCACCCAGAUGAUGUGCCUGAAGCGCCUGUGCUGGGCGUUGACGAUGCCAUCCGGCAGGAGAUCCUGGAGUUCCUGCCUCACUUCACGUUUCACAGCACCGUCAUGGUUAAGAAUGUCAUCAGGUACGACCUGCCCCGCUUCAGGGUAUACAAGAAGCAAGGGAUCCCUCUGCGAACAGGGUGGUUCACCGCGGCCGAGAACAAGCAGCUGAAACAGAACGUAAAGGACUUCCUGGACGUUUCCGGGAUCGACACCGAGUUCAAGCUUUUUAGACCCCAACGCUUCCCAGAUGAGAAGGUUACCAUCCAAAGGCUGAAGAGGAAGUUCAACUUCCUCAGGUGUUUAUGCGCUGGGAUCCCUCGUUCCUGGCAUAAUAUACACAACCGAGCCAUGAGGUUUUGCAACAGGGAGAAUUACAUGGGGAGGUUUACAGAAGAUGAGAACAAGGUCUUGAAGGAACUGUAUGCGCUGCAUGGGUCAAACUGGACGACCAUAUCAGACAAGAUGGGCCGCAGUUGUGAAGCCGUGAAGGGUCGCUUUGGCCAGAUGUGUGAGAACCAUGGGCCAUGGUCAGAGGCAGAGUUGAAGGUCCUCCUGACGUGCUUACACCAGCAGCUGCUGAAGAGGGCUGAGCCUGGAGGAGAGGGUGGCGACGGGUCUGCGGUCAUCCAAAAGAUGGACUUGUAUAAGAAUCUGGCCUGGAUGCGUGUUGCCAAGCAGGUCAAGACUCGCAGCUGGUUCAAGUGCCAGCACAAGUGGAUGAAUUACCUGAAGGGUAAAAUGAAGACUGGUGGAAAGAUCCACGGGAGGAAGAACAUAGAGGGGCAGAUCCAGCUGAUCAAAGCGAUCAAUGAAAUGGCUGUGGAGGAAUCUUCAGACAUCGUGUGGGAUGACCUCACUCAUCUCUUUGGCAACACCCCACCUGUCUACUUACAAAUGAAGUUCCACCAGCUGAAGAUGACCUAUGUACCAGACUGGAACAGAAAGUCUUUCUGUGACAUCAUUGAUUUCCUGUAUGAGAAGACCCUGCCAAAGCUGGAGAAGGACCUGAAGGGCUGUAAGGAUGCUGAAGAUGCUGAUGAGCCCGCAGAGCUGCGACAGUCUUACAAGCUGUCAGAGAUCUUCCCCAACCUCUGAAACACCCCAACGCCACCCCCACUCAUCACCAGAGAGACAGGUUACUCUUCCAAGCUGUCAGAGAUCUUCCCCAACCUCUGAAACACCCCAACCCUGACCCCACUCGCCUAACCUCCUCACUAGGGGCCGUGUGAAGUUUGAAACACUAGUGACUGAAUUAACAUUUAAUUGCUCAGGCCUUUUCCAAAGAAGUUCAGAUAUUUAUAAAUGAUUGAAGAAAAUAUUAGCUUUGUCAUUUUUUUUUUUUACAUUUCCUGAAACUGGUGUAUUUUAGUAUUUUUGUAAAAUGUAUUUUUAUGCACUGAGUUCAAUAGUAAAUCAAGGAGUUUUAAA